GCAGCCCGCCGCACCGCAACCUCGGCACCGUCGCCCGCCGGAGCCGCCGCCCCAGAGGAGCCGCAAAAUGAAUCCCCAGUGCGCCCGCUGUGGCAAAGUGGUCUAUCCCACCGAGAAAGUCAACUGCCUGGACAAGUACUGGCAUAAAGGAUGUUUCCACUGUGAAGUUUGCAAAAUGGCUCUGAACAUGAAUAACUACAAAGGAUAUGAAAAGAAACCUUAUUGCAAUGCACAUUACCCAAAGCAGUCCUUCACUACAGUGGCUGAUACACCAGAAAAUCUUCGCCUGAAGCAACAAAGUGAAUUGCAAAGUCAGGUAAAAUACAAAAGAGACUUUGAAGAAAGCAAAGGAAGAGGGUUCAGUAUUGUGACCGAUACGCCCGAGUUACAAAGACUGAAAAGGACUCAGGAACAAAUCAGUAAUGUAUGUGACUGCAACCUAAAGUGAUUGUAGAUGGAGAAGUAGUGUGUCUAAGAAAAGGUGUGUUUGUCGGUGUUUUCAAUGAAGUUUGUGUGAGUGAACAGUCUGAUUUUGGUGAUUGAUUUGUGUAUGUCAGAUUUUGAAA